ACACGCAGCCAGAGCCCAAAAGCCCAUGGCCAAGAGCUCCCCGAUGAAGAGGGACAAAGCGCACUCGUCACCGUUCACUUAUAUCGCACGCCGGUGACGGAAUUCGGGACGACUCUCCCAGCUGUUGUGUCAGAAUUCGGUGCGUUAGUUCUAUCGCGUUUCGGUUCUCUUCGGACUUCCGUUGUUUGUUUGGAGAUUUUCAUGAAGUUUUAGCCUUUUAGUUUUCUCGAUUUUGUCCACUUGAAACAAUUCAUGAUCUUCUCAACGAUAAACAGUUAUGGAGGCACGCCCUGCUUUAUCCAUUCAGAGAUCAGGAGCAAAACAGCUAACUGACCUUGGGGUGUCUGGACCACCGGCUUCAUCUUUGCCAGUCCUUCCAGCUUCUCGAGAACAGUCAUAUCCCAAGUUGCCUGACUCUCAACGAAUUUCUAUGGAAAGGGAAAUAAUGGCAAGGUCUCUGGUCCGCUCAACUUCUAACAGUGGAGUAGUUGGUCAUAUAUUUUCAUCAUCUGCAGGCUUCUCAACAGAUCUUCAUUACUCUUCUGUUUCCCCUGGUGAAAAACAUUCAAGGAACACUCCUUUCUUUACUCAUUCAUCAACUAAUCAAGAAGCUUUGCCUAGAGGGUUGCCUCAUUCUACCACAUCAAGUUGCUACACCAAAGAAAACAGUGAUUCCUGGUGUACAGAGUCUCUUCCUGAUUUUUCUGAUUUCCCCGUAAAUGUCACAGUCCAGGACAGGCAAAUUGAAUGCAACACUGCGGUUGUGGCAUCUGAAGAAUAUAAUAAACCAAAUGAUUGGCAGGAAUGGGCUGACCAACUAAUCAACGAUGAUGAUGAUUUGAAUGCUAAUUGGAACGAGCUUCUUGUUGACAACAGUGUCGCAGACCUGGAGCAAAAGGUGAUGUGUCAGGUGCCAAAAUCAUCUUCAACUAUUCUAGCUCCCCAUCUCAAUGUUCAUCAGCAGCUUCCUGCCCCAUCUGUAGAAAUCCAUACCGUUGCUACCCCCUCAUCACCUGCAACUAGCUCCCUGGCCAAGCCACGUAUGCGGUGGACACCUGAACUACAUGAGGCCUUUGUGGAGGCUGUCAAUCAACUUGGUGGUAGUGAAAGAGCUACUCCGAAGGGGGUGCUAAAGCUCAUGAAAGUUGAAGGCUUGACCAUCUAUCAUGUAAAAAGCCACCUGCAGAAAUAUAGAACUGCCAGAUAUAGACCAGACUCAUCAGAAGGAUUCUCAGAGAAAAGACCAACAACUAUUGAUGAUAUAUCUUCUCUUGACUUGAAAACCAGAGGUAUCGAGAUAACUGAAGCUUUGAGAUUGCAGAUGGAAGUUCAAAAGAGACUGCAUGAACAACUUGAGAUCCAACGAAAUUUACAGCUACGGAUAGAAGAACAAGGCAGGUGCCUCCAAAUGAUGUUUGAGAAGCAAUGCAAGUCUGGCAUUGAUAAGCUGAAGGCAUCAUCCUCUGCUUUGGAGAAUUCGUCAGCCCCAUCUUCUGAUGCAAUCCAAGAUUCCCCUGCAAAAGAUGAAUUGGGUGCCUCCCAUGUGGAAACUGGAACUGAUGGUGUCAAGGCCAACUCUACUCCAGAAAAAAGCUUUCAGGAUUUAGGGGGCAAACAGAAGGCACCACAAAGUGAAAAUCCUGAUGGUCAUGAGCCAAAUGUGUCUGAGUCAAGUUCCCAGCCCUCAAAGCGUCCAAGAACCGAUGAGUAAGCCAUCGGCAAUAAACUGACGUGCAUGGAAAAAAUUUAAUCUUUGUAGAACCCUUGUGGUGCCCGACUCACAGCGCUUUGAAACUUAAGAUUAUGGAAGAUUUUAAGCGUUAUUUAUUAGGAGGUGCCCCGGCCAAUAAUAUUCUGAAACUUCAAUGCUCUCUAGUUUUUGUUUGAUGUCUCUAUUGGAGUAUUGUUAUGCACUCUAUUUAGUCCAAGAGACAAAUUUCAUGGGAAGAGUGUUCAUUAGCCUUCAACCUCCUUAUUUGUACUUGUUCUUCAUUGGUUGAAGCUGCAGAACAUGCAUUUGAAAUGGUUCCCUAAAACCAUCGAGAGUCUCAAUUUGUAGAAACCUUGGUGUCUUGUACUGAUGAUUGUGUUGUACUCUUUUUUCUUGAAAUCCAGUGAUACAGAAAAUGAAGA